AUGACUCAACAGCGAGCCAACGAAGAAGCGGCAACACUUAUUCCUCUAUCUGGAAACCCCGGAGAAUCGAGGCGUUCGAUGAUAUCUGCCACCUUCAAUUUUAUCAACUCCAUCGUAGGAUCAGGAAUCGUAGGAUUGCCGUAUGCACUGAACCAGGCAGGGCUUCCAUUUGGCCUCUUGCUGUUGAUAGCUGUUGGCUUCAUCACAGGUGUGUGUGUGUCUCUAGUUAUGGACUGUAAUGUAUACUUUCAGAAGCUCGAGUCCAUAACAUUAUUUUGGCUUGUGGUUGCAGAUUACUCCAUCAUACUAUUAAUUAAAGGAGGGGAACUGUCAGGGACAAACAGUUACCAGUCCCUGGUCCAGAGCACAUUUGGUUUACCUGGAUUUCUGAUUUUAUCUGCACUCCAGUUCCUUUAUCCUUUUAUUGCCAUGAUUAGCUACAACAUCACUACUGGAGACACGUUGACCAAAGUAUUUCAGAGAAUACCAGGAGUUGGCCCAGGUCACCCACUCGCUGACCGUCACUUUGUGAUCAUACUCACAACCAUUUUGUUCACACUUCCUCUCUCUUUGUAUCGAAACAUAGCAAGACUUGGAAAGGUGUCCUUCUUCUCAAUGGUGUUAACACUUAUCAUCCUCAUUGUUGCAAUCGUCAGGGCAGCAACCCUCGGACCUGAAAUUCUCCCUACAGAAGACGCAUGGACAUUUGCCAGGUUGAAUUCCAUUCAGGCAGUGGGUGUAAUGUCUUUUGCUUUUAUUUGCCACCACAACAGCUUCCUUAUCUACGGUUCACUGGAGAAGCCCACUCUGGCCAAAUGGGCUCAAGUCACCCACGUGUCAGUGGGUUCGGCGCUGUUCAUCAGUGCUGUGUUUGCAGUAGCAGGGUACACCACCUUCACUGGCUUCACCCAAGGUGACAUUUUUGAGAACUACUGCAGAGAUGACAACCUGGCAACAUUUGGACGCUUCUGUUUUGCUCUCAGUAUAAUAACCACUUUUCCACUGGAGUGUUUUGUUACACGAGAGGUCACUACAAAUGUCAUCUGCAAUCAGGAGCUCUCCAGAUACAAACACCUGGCUCUAACUACGCUCAUUGUUACAGUUUGCACAUCGUUGUCUUUGACCUUUGACUGUCUUGGCGUUGUCCUAGAGCUUAACGGCGUCCUGAGUGCCACCCCUCUCAUCUUCAUCAUUCCAUCUGCAUGUUUCCUCAAACUCUCGCCUGGCAGCUGGCUUCAGGGUGAAAAGUUGUUAUCCAUCAUUUUGAUAGUAAUUGGCUUAUUUGUCAUGAUCAUUGGACUGACCAUGACUGGCCUUUUCCCCCAAGACUGUUCACAUGGUGUGGAAAUGUUUUACUGCCCCAAUGCCAACGUGACGGGGACUGCACCUCCUGUUUGACAUUAUGUCCUGUAUAGUUUUUUUGUUUGUUUCUUUGUUGGAUAAGUAGGGAAACGUUUUUAAUUAGAAGAAUAAGUUAACUGCCCUCCUCUAACGCCCUUACUAUCUUCUUUAAAUAUCCCGUUUAAAAAUACAUUGUACUAUUCAUAUUUCGCCACACGAUG